UCUGCCUGCCGGAGCUCCUGGUCCCUGCUCCUGCUCCAUUGGCACAGCCUUUGGAGUGUUUAACAUCAGCUACACCAGCCCAGUAAGGUUGCUGCACUCAUGUCCACACCAGUGUGCUGAGAUUCCUGUGUGGAACUUUUGUCUGAGACCCUUGGAUGAACUGCACAGUUAAGAGUGGGACACGGGGUUUGUGAUUCCAGAACAGUUGUGUGCAUGGAGCAGAGUCUUAUGUCACUGGGCCCAUCAGAGUCCACGGAGUCUGAGGUCAUGUCCCUAUCUUGUUUCUAUAACCCUCGCCAUGGUUCCUUGAUACAUGCCACCGGACAUGCAGAAGUGUGGACGGACUGGAACAGCACUUCCAAGUUUAGCCAGUAUGGCUGGAGAUGCACCACCAAUGAGGAUGCUUACUCCAACAAAACCCUUAUGGGGAAUUGGAACCAGGAGCGGUAUGAUAUCCGGAAAGUCACACAGCCCAAACCGCUUCCUUCCCAGUAUGCUCACUACUUUGAAUCCGUUUAUUCGUCAGAUUACAACAAGGAAAGGCAUCACGGCUCAAGAAGAUUUAAACGAGAACCUCACUGGUUUCCUGGACACCAGCCUGAACUGGAACCCCCUCCAUUAAAACCGACUGCACAGUCCUGCUACAUGAUAGAUUACGGACCUCCUCAAGGCAGAACUCCCCUCAUUUGUGAAAUGCUGGAGAAAGAACAGGAGGGGACACAGCAGAAGCAAUAGGAGCAGAGAGAGGCCGUUAACUUGAGAUCAGCCAUGUGGUUAGAAUGACUCCAACCUGUCUGCUGCUAAGGGGCCAUCCUUCAAGUCGUAAAACAUUUCUGAUAUUAAAACACAGGGCAUCAGAGUGACAAGUAAAUGCUUUCUGAGGCUUAUGCCCUAUUGUUUGUUGUUCCACAUGUUAUUUCUGCCUUCUGACAUUUUAACUUUUACCUUAUACAGAGGACUCUGACAUUUCCUUUUGCUGACUGAGUGUGGCUUCACGUGGCAUGUACCAAGACAAAUAUACCCAAGAGUGUUUUAAAGAUGUAACCAAGUUUCAUCAGCAAGUGGCUGCUUAAGUGUGACCAGUUAUUUUUCCAUAAAAUCUGAUUAAUUUAAUUUUAAUUUUAUUUCUGUCAUUUUAAGGCCCUAGGGAAUGGCACAUUUGGCAUAAAAAUCUGUCACUUCUGAAAUGUUUUGUGUGUCUAGUGAGGCGAAGAUAAUGAACUAUCUGAGAAAAUGAAGUUUAGGCUGUAAUAGAAAUGUCACCACUCAUACAUCACAUGGCAGAUCUGCACAUGGCAAUUCUCUCCACUCCUUUCUGUGCUAGAGUUACAGACUAAACCGGAUCAAUGCUACCACUGUUUUCCCUUUGUCAGCAUCCCUCAGGGUUGAGCCGCUGGUGACAAUAGAGUAAAACUCUGUAGCAUUUUGUAUCACUCUACAAUCAGCUGAGCAUUUUAUACAUCAGCUGCUAUUUAUUGUUUGAAGGGCACUGGCUGCAUAGUUUCAGCAUGAUGUGAUUUGUACUGUGAGAGCUGUUGCUGUAACUGUGUUUACAGCAGCUUUGCAACUGUAACCUGUGUCUGCUCUGAAUUAGUUGCAGCUUUUGGACAUUUCCUCACAACAUGGAGAAUUCAGAUAAAAUUUUCCUCCCUUAAGUGUCAUCUAAUGUCCGUAACUAGAGUGGGUUUAGGCCAUCCUGGAGUUUUCAAACCAAUUAAAUUAAUUUCCCCCAGAGCAACUUUUCUGAUGCUUGUGAGACACAUUCAGCAGGAAUCUGGGAUUUGUAGAGUCUUGAUCCAGACAGAAAUAUUGAGGAAAAAUGGAUCAUGCAGCCAGGUGGUAGCAAAAAAUGUCUGCAUAUAAAGCGAAACCAGCGUUGCAAAGUGUUCCUUAGUGCCUCAGGCUGGGGGAGACUUUGGUGUCAUGAAGCCUGAUGUCCUCUGAGCCCCCAAAUGCUCCACCAGCUCCUUGAGCCUCCCAUUCCUCCAUCGUCAGCCUGCAGGAAAGGGGCAAUGCUAAUGGGGUAUAUUUAACUCAAGUCAAGAGUGCAGCAAACACCAAGUAAGGGCUGAGCAAACAUCAAAUAAAAUCUUCAGGAUUUGGCACCAGAGGUAUAUGCAAGACAUUUAGUGCUGGCUUGCUUAAGGGGGACACCAUGGGCUAUGGGGCAGUCUGUCUAAAUCAGGCUAUGUAGGCUUCUUCCUACACACUGGACACAAAUAGUAUCUUAGAUUGUAAGCUGUUUGGGGCAGGGACCAUCUUUUUGGUUCUAUGUCUGUACAGCACCUAGAACAGUGGGAUUCUAGUGCAUGACUGGGGGUUCUAGACAUUACCACAGUACAAAUAAUAAGUAAUUGCAUGCAUAUAUCCCAGAGGCACAAUCUUACCAAGCUUUUCUAAACUAGCAGUGACACCACAUCUGAGACCCUAACAUUCAAAGACAAAACCACAAGAUGCUUAUUUAUGUUUUAUUUGUUAGCAAAUGAGCUUGUUCUCUUUCUUUAGCAUAAAUAAAUAAGUAUGGCCAGUCAGUACAGCAUACGCUGCUUGCAUCCAAUGGAAAGGUUUUCCUGGAUGGAAAA